AUGGGUGACAAGAAACGGGUGGAGGUAUCGAGACUUGCUUUACAAAAGAAAUAUCAGAUAUGCAGUAUUCCAUUGCAGUGGGCAUGGGUCGAUUUAGUUCUUAUGUACGAUGAUCUGGGUAGAUUUGAUAUCUCCGAUCUCUGGUCGGAAUGGCGAAAUCAUGUUUCUCUCGGCCUGGUGGGUUACAUAAUUCAAAACGACACCGUACUGGGUGAGCUAGUUCGCCAAGAAUCAUUUAAUUUGACAGAUGGGGGAUAA